GUAUCGUCUUCCUCGCUCUUGUACUCCAUCUGCAACCGUAGAACCUACAUUGCAAAACCCAGAUCUGGCCCAAGAAGUUGAUCAUGGCCCAUAGAGAGGAUAUACAUCCCAAUAUUGACUGAGCCUAUGCAAACAGACAUCCAUUCUCAAAGGAAGUCAUGGAUUGAAACCUCAAAGCCUCAGCUAUUCAUCCACCGGCGACCUAUCGUCACGGAAUCACCGUCGCCACUCCAGCUCUACGGACUCAGAGCUCACUCCUCGCCGGUUCUCCCUCCGAUCUACGCCAUAGCCACUGCAAAUAACUGUGUGCACAGUGACAGAACUGAGGAUUUGAUGAGUGGUGCCUCCAGUUCAGGUGGCCUACGGGCUGCUCUCUCCUAUUGUGUGCAGCAAGUACGAAAUUAUGACUAUCAUAACUACCUUUGCCUUCUUGAACUUCCACCAAAUAUGAGAAAAGCUGCUUUUGCACUCUGUGCUUUUAAUGUAGAGACAUCCAGAGCUAUGGAUGUGUCCUCUAAUCCUAAAAUUGGUCUUAUGCGCCUGUUGUGGUGGCAAGAAGCUCUGGACAAGCUAUAUGCCAACAAGUCGAUUGAGCAUCCAGUAGCACAAGCGCUUGCAUCGGUGAUAUCUCAAAAUAAAAUUAGCAAGAGUUGGUUGAAGCGUUCGGUGGAAGCUCGGAUUAAUGAUGCUAGAAGAGAGCACACUGACGUACCAAAAACCGUUGAAGAGUUGGAGCGGUAUGCAGAAGACACUGCAUCAACUAUUCUGUACUCCACACUUCAAGCGGGUGGCAUUAGAUCGACAGUUGCAGAUCAUGCAGCAUCACAUAUCGGAAAGGCGAACGGGCUUCUAUUGCUGCUAAGGUCAUUACCUUACCACGCCAAUCGAAACCGCCAUCAUAUUUACAUACCUGCUGACGUGGCUGAGAAACAUGGAUUAUUAGUGCAUCAAAGUGGUCAGUCAGAGAUUCGUUUGGAUUCCCAUGAGAGCAUGUGCGAUGCAGUAUUUGACAUGGCAUCUGUCGCUAAUGUACAUCUGCAGAAAGCUCGUGAAUUGAGAGGAAAAGUGCCUGCUGAAGCCCGGCCAGUGCUUCUACCCGCUGUCCCUGCUCAGGUUAUGCUGGAUUCUCUAAGCCGUGUGCAGUUCGAUGUGUUUGAUCCAAGAUUAACACGAGGAAUUUUAGGGGCUCCCCCUCUGCUUUUCCAACUGAAACUGAAAUGGUAUUCAUGGAGGGGAACAUACUAACAUGUUUUCUAGUUAAUUUCUACCUUUUGGAACUUCACAUUGGCAUAUCCACAAUGGCAUGCUAAUAUACAAAUAACAAAUGGCAAAGUGGGAAACUUUCUUUCUUCCCUAAUGCAAUGCUAACUGAAGUAGUCAAAUGGUAUUUAUCAAAAUCCAACUUUGUUGAAAUUUUGCUCUCCCUUGUUAUUUUGUGAUUCAGAUUGUCUGCCCUCAAUUUGUUGAUUGGCAUUGUAAAAUGUAAACCAAUAAUAAUGCUCUUUAUUUCCAAUUGGCUAUAUUCUUUGCAACUUCUGAACAAUGUUUUGGCUUUUGGUGUAAUAUUAGCAUUUUGUGCUGUAAUUAGAUA